CAGAGCCGUUGUGUUCCAGAGACUUCUCCUAUUUGGCCUGAGCUGCUGUCUUCUAGGUAAGUAGAGUGUGGCAGUGCCCUUUGGAACUUAGCCUUAAAAAUGAAUCCAGUCGUUUCGCAGCCAGGAUAUGGUACAGGAGGUGUGAUGAAUAGUGCCUGGCAAACUGGCAUAUUUGACUGCUGUGAUGACCUGGGGAUUUGCCUCUGUGGGACUUUCUUUCCCUUGUGCCUUUCAUGUCAGAUCGCCUCCGAUAUGAACGAAUGCUGUCUGUGCGGAGCGAGUGUCGCUAUGAGGACCUUGUAUCGGACGCGAUACGGCAUCCCGGGAUCUAUUUGCGGUGAUUUCCUACAACUGAACUGUUUCCCUCUAUGCAGCCUUUGUCAACUCAAGCGAGAUAUUGAAAAAAGAAAAGCAAUGAAUGCUUUCUAAAAGGUGCUUGGUCACAUUCACAAUGUGGUGAAAGAAAUCCUAGAAUCACAUACUGCAUCUGUUGAGUGCUAUCUCACCCCAAAUCUUAGAAACUAAUUCAACUAAUCAUAUGGUUUCCAGUGGCUUCAAGACAUUUUAAGUUUCUAGUUUAUUUCAAAAGAAAUACAUUUCCAGUGCUGUUCUCUAACAUGACUGCUAUUAAAAAAUUAAUGUCCUCAAC